AUGGCAUACCGGUCACUGCUCGGACUGCAGAUGCUGACUUUGGUCUCCGGUGCGGAGCGGUGCGGAGGAUCCCUGUACAUCUUCUGGGACCGACGCUGUGGCCAAGAAGACGGCACCCCUCCCAUGUGGAUCCUUUCCCCAGAGAGGCCCGAUCCUACAAAGCUCCGAAACCUCCAGGACGAGGAAGGAUGCCAUGCUUGGGCCACCUGGGCGACGGAGCAAGAAGCCAUUGCUGGUGUCCACAGCUGGACGAGCUUCGAUCCUUGCUGCACCUCUCGGGCAGGCACGGAGUUCCAGGCAAGGGUAGUAAGCUUCGAGAACGACAGCAUUCAGGUGUCCGGACUAUGCGAUACUGACGGUGGCAUGAGGCUUGCGAAUCGAGUGUUCCGAACUGAGGGCGUUACGGUCACUGGUCGAUACUGGUACUCAAGCGAGUGUUCCGAAGAGCAUUGCUACCACGAAGUGCAGAUCCCACAAGACUUUGACAGUCAUGCUCAGGAGGACGAACACAACUUCGAGGAGGAGAUCCCACAAGACUUUGACAGUCAUGCUCAGGAGGACGAACACAACUUCGAGGAGGGGGGAGAGCCGCGAGGGUAUCAAGAUGAGGAAGACGACGACGCAGAUGAUCUGCUCGUCACCGCACAUUUAAUUUCCGGCUUCGCCCUCCUGGCUGUCGGCCUGCUAGAAACCCUGCUAGCCUGUGGGCGCCUUCAGAAGCGAAAGCGCAGAUUACCACUGCAGCCUGGGGACGCAGAAGUGCUUUCGCCUCGGCGACGAGGAAGUGGUAGCGAUUGGCACCGAUCCGUGCCGCAAAGCGCCUGGUGUGUGACGCUUGAAGACCUUUGCCAGUUUCGCCGGCUCGUGAUGCAUGCAGUUGAGACGGGAAAGAUUCAGCCGCAUGAUCGUGAUAUGUUUGACACCUCCGACUUGUCCAUAGGACCCUCCGUGUACACAGUCAACGAUCAGUUCAUCAAGCCCGUGACAGCUCGUGCUGGCAACAUGAGCUGGGCUCUUCUGAAAAACCCCGCUGGUGUGAGCUGCGACGUCUUUGUGACACACUGCUGGGCAGAGGGAAUUUAUGAAUUCAUCGACAGGGUGGAGCACUCAUGGCCUCGAGGCGCACGCGCCGCAUAUGUCUGCUUCUUGUCCAACCCGCAAAACUUGGACAUCGCCGGCCUGAUCGCAAGUCCUCGUGAAUCUCCUUUUGCACUAGCCUUGCAGGCCGCUCCUAUCAUGUUGGUUCUGCCGAACCACAGCCUCAGCAUUUACACACGGCUCUGGUGCUGUUACGAGGCUUUCCUGGCGUAUUCCUGGCGAAAGACCAUUCGGGUUGCAAAGCGGCAUCAUGACGGACUUUGGUGGUGCAUGCUCCGGCUCGGAGGCUUGUACGUGGCGGCUGCUGGGGCGAUGUGUUUGUUGCCGAUGAGGGUCGACAUGGCCGUCAUCGCACAGCUCAACACGACCCUUUCGGUUGCUGCAGGCAUCUUCUAUGUUCUGGCGGCGGCGUUUGUGCAGAAAGGGAUCUUUGGGGCACUUGCCCUGGCGCUGAACGCAAUCACCGGCAUCUGUCUAAGCACGGGCCUGCUGGGCGGAUACAUUGCUGCCGUGGGUCUGCAGCGUGAGAUGUUCUAUUCUGGGCAAGAUCUGGGGCGCCUUUUGACCUGGCUCUGUGGGCUUGUCAUCACCUACUGCCUGGAGUUCGACCGGAUCAUGGCCUCAGAUGCCUCGCUUCGAAGCAAGCUCCUGCGAAAAGACUUCUCUGGCAGACUACUGGACGCGAGGUGCUCAUCGGACUCCGACAGAGAGAGUAUCCUCGAGGAGCUGUCGCAAAGCGGUAAGGCGAAGGAGGUCGAAGAGGCUGUAAAGUUCCUCCUGCAAAUGAACCUCAUGACGCCGGAGCUGCAACGCACCACAGCUUUAACAGGCGAGCUGGGAGAUGUCUCCCUUUUCAAAAGCUCUUGGGUUGCUGUGGGUGUCAUGCUCUGGGUGGCACUCCCCAUCCAGACUUUGACAACUCCUGGCAUGACCCCGCUGCAGCAAGUUCCUGCUGCCGCGAUGCUGGUUCAGGGAUGCCUUUGGCUAGCUUUCUUCCCACGGCUGAGCGCUGAACGGAAGACUUUCGCCUCCGUCACCCUGAACUUUUGGGAACUGCUCGGCGCCUGUAUCCUUGUAGUCUUCUUGAUCGAAGGCUCUGCUCAUGUCGACUGGUACCUCAUUCCAGGCGCCCUGAUCGUGAGCCCUUUGUGCCUGUCCCUGUCGAUUGCCGGGCCGUCCCGCAUUGCUCGAAUUCCCACCUUGGGAGUUCCAGUGGUGCGGUUUUUCCUCGGUCAAAAGCAUCGUCAUCUUUGCCCUGGACGGCGAAGCCGUCGUCAGGCGAAAAACUCUCCGGAAGAUGUCCAGGACGCGACCGUGACCGUGGACAUCUGUUCGGAGGUUCCCACACCCCGAAACACACCCCGAAAGCCCAACUCUACAGCGACUUUAGGGACUUUAGGGUCCAAGUGUUCGGCAACUUGA